AUGAGUCAGCCACACUUGCCACUCUUCGGCAUCCUCGCCUCACUGGAUGUCGCAGAGCGCAAUGCCGCGGCCUUGACACUCAUCAAGGCCCUUGCGGUCUUGCAGAAUGCACAUCAAUGUGAACUUGAUCCCUAUGCAGAAGACAUCACCGAGGAGAGGCUCGAUCAGCUCUGCCACCCUGAUGUUGUCUAUGCCCUUAAGCGUCUUAUUAGAGGUCUUCCUAGCGACCGUGAGGCAGCCCGCCAGGGAUUUUCACUUGCCUUGACUGAGUUGCUGAUCGGACUGAAUUUCCUGACGGCCAAGAUCGUACUCGAGCUGUUGUUCAGAUUCACAGAGAUCAAGAACUUUAUGAAGGGCAAGGAGGAGAGGAACCACAUGUUCGGACGGAUUUUUGGAUACAUGAGCAUCAUCCAAUCAGGCAUGCUCACUCGGCCGAAGACAACAGAGGAGGACAUCAAGCUUAUCGUCAACGAUCUGGCCGAGUACUCACAGGAAAAGUCAUAUCUCUCCGAGUGCUGUCACCAGGUUCUUGUAACAAUGCUUCCUCAGAUCGUCAAUCACCCCAAGUCAGUUAAAUAUAUCGCCGAUACAAUCUUUGCGGAAGGUGUCAACACUCCAGAUCAGCUCAGCGUGGCGAUGGUAUUAAAGGAGCAUUUGGAUGAUGUCAACAAACACCUGCCCAAGAAUGAGCAGAUCAAUUGGACAAAAAUUCUCGGCAAAUCAUGGAAGAACCCCGUCAUUCUUCAUCCCUCCAACCUAAAAUUCCUCGGUCUUCUGCUGAAAGAAUCCUCGACUGAGGAGGGCACCCAGGCAUCAUCAAGCUGGAGACAGAACCUGCACCCCGUCUGGGACCGCAUCCUCGCUCAUUACUUCAGCACCAUCACUCCCAAAACACAGAUUGCUCCCUUCAAUGACUUUUGGAACGUCGUUAUCGAUUCCACCCUCUUCGAUUCCAGCUCAUCACACGAGCGCAAGUUCUGGGGGUUCCAAAUCUUUGAGAAAAUCUUGCCUGUCCUCAGCGAGGAUCAGAUUCCGCUCGUUUUCACCACCAACUUUAUGCGCUGCUUUGUCAACAACCUCUCGAGCGAGGAUCGCUUCCUCAACAAGGCCGCCAAGCACACCAUGGCCGCCAUGCACGCCAAGGCCGACACGAAUGAGGCUGUCCGCUUGACAUUGAUUACUCAACUUCUGGAUAAGAACCCUAACUUCGACCGCUUGACCCGCUCCAAAACUGUCGAGACACUGCUGGGCGGACUGGAUGUCUCUCACAUUCAGCACUACCUCGAAUAUCUCAUCGAGGCGUUCUUGCAGCAAGAGAGUCCUGAAUCAAACAACGUAGAGCGCGGCAAGCGCAUCGAUAUCAGCAGACAGUGGGCCAUUGACCAGAUGUUCUCUCUUUUCCGCAACCCCAAGGUCCCACGUGAAGAGGGCUGGAUCAAAUCCAUUCUCGAGUUUUAUCUUGUCCACGCCUUUUUCGACAUCAAGAAGGUUGAUACCAAGACCAAAUACGUAGAAGCCCAUGUUUUGCCUACACCAGCCCUCUCUGCCGCCACCCGCGAGCACUGCAGGAACCGCUUUUACGGUAUGAUGGCCGAGUUGUCAACCAUGGCGCCCCUGACCGCCAAGAAGGAGAACGAGGAAAUUGAGACCGUCAACCAUAGCCGAAAGCUGAACGGCACGAUGCUAGAUGGUACCUUCUGGUGCUCAUUUGCCCUGAGCAUGAUGGUCGAUCUUGAGAAGAGCAAGAACUUUGACAACCUGAUUAGCCUCGGUGACGACGCUGACAAGGCCAAGAAGACUGCUUUAUCCUUUGUCACCAAGAUUCAAGAAAAGUGCAAGAAGGCGUCCAAGGAGCUCAAAGCUCAGUACAAGGCAUUUGAGUUGCUCUUUGUCCAAAUGAUUCUCCAGCUUUACGUCGAGCCCGAGGAUUCGACUAGCAUUCUUGGAGAGCUGCACGACUGUUACGACAAGGUCUUUGCGUCGGGAUCCAAGAAGGCUAACGGCAAGAAGGCUGCAUCGAUCGAGGACGAUGAUGAUGAUGAGGAGAUUCAGCCAGUGGAGGUCAUCAUCGAUAUCCUUCUCAGUUUCCUGAUCAAGCCAUCAGCUCUGCUUCGUCAUGUUUCUGAGCAAGUCUUUGUGAUAUUUUGCGACAAGAUGACCCAGACUGGACUUGAGUUGAUGCUUUCGACCCUCCAGACCAAGGAUAACAAGGACGAUAUGUUUGGCGAAGAGCAAGACGACGAAGAGGAGGACGAGGACGCCGAGGCUGAUGCUCACAACCAAUCGGAUGAUGACGAGGAAGAGGAGGAGGAGGAGGAUUCUGACGAGGACGAGUCGGAGGAUAUGGAGGUGGACGAGGACGAUGACGACGCUCCCGUGGAUGAGGAGUUCAGGAAAAAGUUGGCGGCAGCUCUGAACGUCAAGGAUGGUGACGAAUCCGAGGACGAAUCCGAGGAGGAGCUCCUGGAUGAUGACCAGAUGAUGGCAUUCGACGAAAAGCUGAACGAGAUCUUCAAGCAGAAGAAACUGGCCAAGGCGCAACAGAAGGAUGUUAAGCAGACGCUGAUCCAUUUCAAAAACAAGGUCCUCGAUCUGCUGGAACUCUACAUUAAGAAGCAAUCGUCAAACGCGCUGGUGCUCGAGCUGAUUGUGCCGCUGUUGUCGCUUGUCCUCAUACCUUCGGCUAGCAACAAGCCCGUCCACGACAAGAUCUCGGCGCUGCUCCGCAACAAACUUGCCAAGAUCAAGGACUACCCACGCGAGUGUGACGAUGAGCACGUCUUUGAGAUCUUGAGCCAGGUGCACGAGUUGGCCAAGAAGUCGCCCGAUGCCAAGUUUUCUGGCCUGUGCGGCGAUCUGUCGCUGUUGUUGGUUAAGGUGUUGAUCGGUGGACAGGAUGACAAGACUGCAGUUGGCGAAGUCAAGGCAGAGACGCCAGUUAAGAAGACCCGCGGCAGUGCCAAGAGCAAGGCUAUUGCUGUCGAUCCCGAGGAGGCUGCUCUUAAGGCCAAGCAGGAUCAUGUUGUUGCUCUCUAUAGCGCCAGCUUGAAGGAGUUCAUGACGCGCAAGAAUUCGAACUUGUCCGCCAAGAUGUUUCUCGAGUUUAUUAACCGCUUUCCCCACCUUGCAUGGCAUCUGUCGAGCACAUUGCUCGAAUACACGAGCCCCAAGGCAGCUGUCAAGUCGUUCCGUCAGGCUAUGGCAUUCACGAUGUUGUCAACCCUGGUCAAGCGUCUUGCCAACAAAAACACACCCGAGUUCGAGCAACUCUUCUUGGACACCCUGCCAUUGAUCCGCAAUUCAUUGGUCGAGACGUUCGAGGGCGCGUUCGACGAAUCAACGGAGGAGCAGAACUCUACCAAGGGGCUGAAUGUGGCUCGUCUUCGGGAAAUUCUGAAGUUCGCGAUUUUGUCUGCAAGGAUGGUCAAGCGCUCUGAGGAUCGCAGUGUGACCGAGAUCUGGGAAACCGACAACUUGGGGCCCUUGCUGCAGAGGAUUAGCGAGGACACACGGUUUGACAGCGGAGCACUGCGCUCGCUGGUCCAACAGAUGUUGGUGUUGAUUGGAAGCGAGAUUAAGCUGCCAACGGGCUCGACUAAGAAGCAGGAGAAGCAGGAGAAGCGUAAGCGUGAGAUGGAUGCCAAGGCGAAUGGCGGAUCAAAAAAGAAGACACAUCGGUCCAAGAAGCGCAAAUUGACAGGCACUGCAGCAGCAUCGACCACAUCAGCGGAAUCAACGGAGGCAUAA